GAGGAUUUGCGAAAGAAUCGAGCAUCCUGGUCAUCUUCUGUGAUUUGGACAGAACUUGGGCAUAGCUUGGAAGAGGAACGCGCGGAAUUACAUGUGCGAAGCAUUGGACGUCGUUCGGCCGACAACGAACGUGCCAGAGAACCACUCACUGGUCGAUCCGUAGUACACGGUGACAUGUCUGGACUGGCGGCGGUGGAGGUCAGCUGGGGACUAGAAAAGUCAAUUGGACUAGCCGUCGAUUUGGUAACCGUGCUUGUGGAUGUGGUCAGGGGAAGGGUAUUGGCCGGAUUAGAGGCAGNGAGCCAAGACGACGAGGGCGGUUCAUGGUGA